GAGGUCAGUCCUGAGGAAGGAACGGAGGUGGUGGGCAGCCACUGUACGUAUAAAUCGGGUCCGUCGCCACGCAGCUGCACAGUUCAGCAGUGACUCGUCGGCCAAAAAAGGCAAUAUCGGAUUACCGCAGCACCAUGCGCGCAGCUUUGAUCGUUUUCACCCUUUUGGUGGCCGUGUGUGCCCUCUCGGAGGCCGGUUACCUGGGCGGCUACGGAUUGGGCUACGGCUACGGCGGCUACGGCUACCCUGGCGGAUACUACGCGAGGCCCCACUACGGUGGCGGCUACUACAGGCCCUACUACGGUGGAUACUACGGCGGCUACAGCCCCUACUUCACGCGUUACUACGGCGGCUACUGGUGAAACUGAUCGCGACGAGCACUGGCAAACAAACUCCGAUACACACGACUUCCAGCAAAUAUAUGGUCUCAUUUCUUUCUAUACCCAGCCCCAGCGGUAAAGACUUUUUACGAUUGAGCUCUGCUUUUAUUGACUCUUAUAUAUUAUAUAAAAACUGAAGUGUAAAUUGUGCAAAUAAAAUAAAAGAGGCAAUUUGUAACUUAA